AUGUGGUCGUGGCAGCUAGUCUGCCCAGAGGUGUUGGCCCUGAGUCCUUUGCCUGGAUCACCUUCCGGGACUACAAAUACAACUACUGCACUACCAGGAUUCUGGUGUGCCAACACCGGACACAUUGGUGCAUACAUCCCAUUCGCUUACAUCAAUGACGGUAUCUGCGACUACGAGCUCUGCUGUGAUGGCAGCGACGAGUACGCAGGAAAGGGCGGAGUCAAGUGCGAGAACAGGUGUGCCGCCAUUGGCAAGGAACACCGCCGCGUCACAGAGGAGCGCAAGCAGGGCUUAGAACGGGCUCUGAAGCGGCGACGCACUCUGGCCAAGGAAGCCAGAGAGCUUCGACGUCAAGUAGAGGCCCGUGUCACGAAGCUCAAGGGCGAGGUGGUGGAGCUUGAGCAGAAGCGUACUCAGCUGGAGCGGGAGCUGACCGAGGCUGAGCGGACCGAGAGAGGCAAGGUGGUCAAGAAGGGCAAGGGCAAAUCUGGUGGCAAGCUGAGUAUUUUGGUUGGCUUGGCCAAGAAGCGAGUUGACGAGCUGCGGGAUACGCUCGAUAAGCUGCUCGACCACCGCGACGACCUCCAGGACAAAGUGACCGAGUUGGAGAGCAUUCUGCGCAAUCUCCAGGCCGAUUACAACCCAAACUUUAAUGACGAGGGGGUUAAAGCAGCCGUGCACUCGUGGGAGGAUUACGCAGCCAAGUCUUCCACGGAAAAGGAGCCUAAGGUGCAUGAUAUCGACAUCUAUGAAGUUCUCAAGGAAGAUUCGGAAGACAGGGGUAUCAACUGGAAGGAGUUUGAGGCGGAAGACGAUACCGACACGGACAUCUUGUACAGCUUCGACGCAUAUCUGCCCCAGGGGGUCAGAACUUACAUCCAUGAGACGAUUACGAGUCUUCGGAUCUGGAUGAUCGAGAACGGCAUGCUUGCAGACAACUCCGACGCAAACGAGUCGUCGACUGUAAAAAAUGCGCGCUCGGCAUUCCAAGCUGCCGAGAAUGAGCUGUCUUCACGGAAGCGUACGCUGAGCGAGAACGAGGAGGAUCUGUCCAAGGACUACUCCGCCGACGACAUUCUCCGGGCGCUCAAGGACAAGUGUGUCUCCACAGAUGCGGGCGAGUACGAGUACGAGUUUUGCUGGCUAGGCCAAGCAAAGCAGAAGUCUAAGAAGGGCCACGCCAGCACUGGCAUGGGCAACUACGAACGCUUCGAAAUCGAAAUAGCCGAUGAUGCGGAGCGCCUGGAUGGAAAAAGCCUGGGAAGUGGUUCCCGCAUGGUGUUGAAGUACGAAAAUGGCCAAAACUGCUGGAACGGACCGAACAGACGCACAGAUAUCUGGCUAGGCUGUGCUGAAAAGGAGGAGAUGUGGCGCAUCGCGGAAUCCGAGAAGUGCGUCUACAAGAUGGAGGUUGGCACGCCAAUUGCUUGCGAGGAGAUUAAAGAAGAAGGCGCUGCUGAAGCAGGCAAGGAAGAGCUGUGA